GCAUAUUAGACUGAUCUGCAAAAGAAGAGUGCCUCUCAGUCCGCUCCUAGAAAAAAUGAAUACAAAGAUCAGAUAGUAAUCAUAGUCAGCAAUGACGAGUAUUGUAUCCUGUUUAAAGGCUUCACCAAAGGGGCAGCUGACAUAUGUUAGAGAUCCGAAUAUCAAAAAGGAAUAUUUUGACGAAUACCUCUCACCACCAAAGUUAAGCAAACAUCAUGUUGAAGCCUCCACAGAAAGCAGCUUUUGUGUCGGAGAAGAAGACCAUGAAGAAUUCAAUUACUCUUCAGAGAGUGAUACAUUUGAAAACUUCAAAAAUGUCAAAGUGGAAAUUAAGAACUGGAAUGUAAACUCGAAUGAUAAGGAAGCAGAGAAUUCUCAUAAGAAAGGAAACACAAAACUUCAGUUCAACACAGACCAAGCGAAUCACGGGAGACGCACAACAGUACAUGUCCUCAACAAAGGUGCGGGGGUUUCAUCCGUUAUCACCAAGAAAAGCUUAGGCAACGUCCGUGUCAGCUUCAACAAUGAUCUGUGUAACACAUACCACAAAAAGAAGGGACAUUUGGUAGAGAAAUCGCUCAACCAUCCAUCACCAGACACGACACAGUCACUGAGAAUCACGGUGUCCUCCAAGUAUAACAAGAGUAGAAGAGACAUCGAGGACUAUGUGGAGGAUCUCACUAACAAGACAGCUGUUGAAUUUGAAAAGAAGCGUCAUCAGUUUAAGGCGGUUCAGCAAGAACUCGACAACGAAGCAAAAAUGCAGAUUGAUGAGUAUGAAAACAAACAACAGGAAAGAGCGGUCCAUUUACAGAGAACAAUGGAGCAGCAGGAAAAACAGGGGUCAGCAGAAUUGUUGAAGACACAGAGGAAAAUGAUGCAGGAUCAUGAUCUUCAUGCUAAGAUGCUGCAAAAGAAACACGAGAGAAUCCAAGAGGAAAUGAAGAAAAAAGAGGCAGAAAGACUGCAGCUUUGGGAGAAUGCAAAGACCAUUGUGAGCGAUUCAAAAACUAUACUGGACAAAGUGAAAACUCUAUAUAAUUCCCACGCUGCCAAACUACCGGAGAGUGUAACCAAAGGAGUGCACCUGGCUCAACAGAAAUACAACACAUCACAGCAGAUUGUUUCAGUGGAGGACAACACAGCAGAAAUAUCCAAUCAGCAGCUGGUCACAGUAUCGGAGAAUUUCAGAUUUCUCUCUAACACCCAUGACUUCGUAAAACAAUCCAUUCAUGAAAUAAAGGAAAGAGAGAAGAGGGAAGCACAAGCACUGGAAGCUCAAGAGAAGGCGGUGCAGGAGGCGAAGAAGAAGGCUGAGGAAGAGGCGAGGAAGAAGGCUGAGGAAGAGGCGAGGAAAAAAGCAGAGGUGACAUCGGCUUCAGUUGUUCAUCCAGGUCAAUCUUUGAUCUCCACCCCAAUACCAGGGGGCGCAGUAACAGAAACUCCGGAGGGGGCCACUGGGGGGGCUUCAGUAACUUUCUCCACUCCAGCUAUAUCAACUCCACAAGUCAGACCGAAAGAAGGAGAGGUGUUGUGUGUGGACUUGAAAGCUUUCCAGGAAUACAGCAACCUGCAACAGAAGCUGAAAGAUGCAGAGGCAGCCAUACAAGUCCUGUCCUCCACUCCACAGCUGAAGAAGAUGAAAUUUGCUUUUCAAAAAGCAGUGAACAUCCCGGUCAAUGCUAUAUCAGCCGUCAGUGGGGCUCACCUCAGGGACAAGCUCCAGCGCCUCCUGGUGUUACUCUCUGGACAACAGGUGGAGAUAACCAACAACAAAAUCUCUGUUCAGCAACACCCAGCGGCUUUACCAUUUUGUAAAAAUUUGUUUGCCAAGAUGGUUGUGAAAAAAGGGGAGGAGCAGGUGUCGUCAAUAUUUGAGUCCGCCUUUCCCUUGGCAGCAGUGACAGUUGGGGUGCUGGUGGACCACCCAGACAUCAAGGACCUUCUCCUGGGUCACUUCCACUCCUUGUGUCCCUACACAGUACCAUACCAUAUCCCCCGGCAAGAACAGCAAUCCAGAGAGGAUUACCAUAAAGCAUUGGGCUACAAGUAUGACAGUGAUGGGAAUGUCGAGAAACAGGAUAAGUUUCUGAAGAGGAUGUCGGGAAUUAUGCGAUUGUAUGCCUCCAUCAUGGUUUCCUUUCCACCCCGGAGACAGAGUGUGCACCCAUUUGGAAUUGAGCAUGCCUGGAUAUGGUUGUCAAGGGUGAUGAACAUACAGCCUCUUCCAGAUGUAACAGCUACAAUGGUGUUUGAUCUCUUAGAGGUCACUGGACAUGCUUUGUAUAAGGAAUACAAGAUGCAGUUUCGGAAAAUGCUUCAUAUUUUAAUACAAGAAUUCCUGCCAAAGCUGAAAGCAGUAGCAUCUUCAGGGGGAGGUGGCCCUGUAUCUAGACUGGAGGCCCUGAUAAAGUCUACCAUUCAGAGACAGGGACAAAUUCAACCACCAGAGGGCAUAUUGUAUCCAAACUUCUGGUUCUCCUGAGACAUCUGUAGUCCAUUCGGGUCUAGUGUAAAAACAAUGUAUAGAUAAUCAAAAAGAAAUGCAUUGUAUGAGUGUUUUGUCAAACAAAAUUUGUCAGCAGUUUUCAUUUCUUUAAAUGGUUAUUGAAAAUGGUUCAGAUAUGAGAAUUUUUCUGUCAGAAUUCUCUGCAGAAGUAUGAUUUUAUUUCAAGAACAAAUAAAGCACAUUAAUGUCCAUUCAUUGGUUGUUACGCAUGCUCCAGUUGCACAAAACUUAGUUAACUUUAACUAGCUGUUAAAUUUUCAUUAACUCUUACAUUUAUAUAGUGAUUACUAGAUGUUAACUGUCAGUUAAAGUUAACUAACUUUUGUGCAACUGGGUCCAGGUGCUUUACCCAUCUAUUUAAAACAUUAACUCAUUUCAGAUUCAUUGCCCAUGAUAUUGUUGUAUUAUUGACAUUGUAUUAUUACUCCCAACUGUCUUAAGAUUUUAUUCAUUGCUGGAUAUUCAUGUAAAAGUCAUUAUUAUGUACCUCUCUGUACCAAUCAAGUACAUUUGUAUGUGUUGUACCUGCUUUGAAUUGUUUGUUGAUCCAGUGAAACUCUGUGUCAGAGGUUAGAAAAUUGAAUUAUUACCUAACUCUGUGUUAGAGGUUAGAAAAUUGAAUUAUUACCUAACUCUGUGUUAGAGGUUAGAAAAUUGAAUUAUUACCUAACUCUGUGUCAGAGGUUAGAAAAUUGAAUUAUUACCUACAUUGUAACUCUGUGUUAGAGGUUAGAAAAUUGAAUUAUUACUCGACAGUUCUCAGUAUGGUCACUCAAUUCAAAUAUGGAAAAUUCAGAAAUCUGACAAAGUGAUUUUGUUUUGGACACAUAACUAUGUAGAUGGAAUUAUGCUGUGAAUAAAAUAUUUUUAGUACAGGUA